AGGGUGGGGUGGAAAUUAGUCCAUUAUUUUUAUACCAACAGUAAUCAACAGUUAGCAGAUCAGUUGGCUGAACAGGUCUCGAAAACACAGGCAGAGGGAGUGAAAAUAAAGACCAGACCAUUUAUACGAGAUGCCGUAGAAACCAGGCUGAGAAUGAUUUUACCGUAUAAAGAAAAAUGGCCGCAGGCUAUGGCUCUUCAGACCUUACCCCCUAAUGCUGUGGAAUCUUGGGAGAAUUUAUCAAAACUAAUGGAUGAUAUUUGGUUCUAUGCUGGUGAUAGAUCCACAGAUUUUAACUGGUAUACUAAAAGAGCCAGUUUGGCCACUGUCUAUAAAAGUACAGAGAUAUAUAUGAUACAAGACAACUCAGAUGAUCAAAUGCAGACCUGGCAGUUUUUAGACCGGAGACUGGACGAUUUAACAGGGUUUAGUUCUCGCGCUAGAAAUGUAAGUAAAUGA